CAUGGUUCAAAUUUUUAAUGCCUCCCACAAGUUAUAAAAAAAAAUAGUGGGUAGCUUGGAGUUUUUAGAAGAAAGCAGAAAAUUCUGUUGGAUAUUAGGGUUAUCAGUCUAUGGAGAAGAUAGAGGGAGAAGAACUCGUUCUGGUUGAAAUUCUGACGAGAUUGCCUGUGAAAUCUCUAGGACGCUUCAAGUCUGUGAGCAAGAAAUGGCUCUCUCUCAUCUCUGAUCCGCACUUCGUGAAAUCCCAUCUCAGGAGAUCGCUGGAAAAUUGCCCUAGCGCUCGCCACAGGAUCCUCAUCAGCGAUCCUCUCCAUUCUGUAGAUUUCAACGGAAAUCAAGUAAAAGGACGGAUCAGUCCUCCAAAAUCUUUUGAGCAACCAUUCGAGUUGGCAGGCUCCUGUAAUGGCCUUAUCUGCCUGUAUAUCGCACGCGAAACGUUUGCUGCGAUCAAUCCAACCACUGGGGAAACUCGCGAGCUGCCAAAGCCUACUCACAUUCCCACACAUGCUAAUUUCUUCAAUGGAUUUGGCUAUGAUGCUACCACUGAUGACUACAAGGUGGUAAGAGGCCCCCAACCCACUAUUGGUCCGCAACCUGAAUUCAUUGUUGAGAUGUUCUCGUUCAAGGCCAACUCCUGGAAGAGGAUCGAGUAUGAUCCAGAGCUUAAGGUUAUUGAGAACGGGUUCUUUUUCAAUGGCUGCGUGCACUGGCUUGUGACAACUUGUCAUGGCAACAGCCGCUAUGAACAGAGGGUCGUCUCCUUGGAUCUUGCUGAUGAAAAAUUCCGAGUUGUGAUUCCACUUCCUGAUGUGGCUGCCCCAAAUGUCACUUUUAAUGGGCUGAACAUUAUCGAAGGCUGUUUUUCUACAUUUUCUGGUGGUGGCACCUUUGGUCCAGAUGUUGAACCAGUGGAAGUCUGGGUAAUGAGAGAGUAUGGGGUGAAGUCUUCUUGGACAAGGCUUUGCCGCUUCACACCCCAUGCGCUGCCCAAAACUUGUUACUUGGUGACACUACUCUGCUUCAGGGAUGACGGAAAGGUCAUUUUCGAUGUGGGUGGGUCCCGUCUGGUUGUUUACAAUCCGUGCAACGAUAAUAGUCGUGUCAUCUUUCCCAAAUCUAAGAAGGGUUCAGAUUACUUCUAUACUGUGGUUUAUGUCGAGAGCCUCGUUUCUCCCAACUAGUUUUAUAUUUUCUCAUCUUGGAUCAACAGUUAGUUUUGAGGAUGCAGAACUAUAGCUUGAUUAAACUUUUAAGACGAAACUGAUUUUUGCAAUGCUAGAAGUUUUA